GUCUCAAACAUUGGGAGGAAUAGGGAUUAGGGACUGCGUGUAAGAGAAAGAACGGGAUUAAGCAUUUAAUUUCAAGCAUAAUUUCCACGGCCUAAUAAAGUAACCUAAGACACUAUACAGGAAGAGAAAGAAAGAAACAUACGAGGAGGCAAAAAGAAAGAAACGUUUAGGGAUUAUACUAAUUACCACAUUAAAUAAAAAGUUAUUUGUGUCCCAAUUCCCAAAUCACCCAAUAUUCAGAGUGGAAGAAAGAAGAGUUCUUCUUCUUCCUUUGUCUUCACCGUUACCGAACACAGAUUCGUUUUUCUCCGAGGUAGUGGGGGCACCGAAACCAUCUGGGUCGGGUGAUGGAAGAAGGGGUUAUUUGCCAGUGGAGCGUGUUUAGAUCUCUCUUGGCUAUCCUUCAGUGGUGGGCUUUCAAUGUCACUGUCAUUAUCAUCAACAAGUGGAUCUUCCAGAAAUUGGAUUUCAAGUUUCCACUGUCGGUAUCCUGCAUCCACUUCAUCUGCUCGGCCAUUGGAGGAUAUGUGGUGAUUAAGGUGCUGAAGCUUAAACCACUGAUAACUGUUGACCCUGAAGACCGCUGGAGAAGAAUCUUUCCUAUGUCAUUUGUGUUCUGUAUUAACAUUGUGCUGGGGAAUGUGAGCCUACGAUAUAUACCGGUUUCUUUUAUGCAGACAAUAAAAUCAUUCACCCCAGCAACAACAGUUGUUUUGCAAUGGCUAGUUUGGAGGAAAUAUUUUGACUGGCGUAUUUGGGCUUCUCUUAUCCCCAUUGUUGGAGGGAUUCUUCUCACGUCUGUUACAGAGCUUAGCUUUAAUGCAUUUGGGUUUUGUGCUGCCUUAUUGGGCUGUUUGGCUACAUCUACAAAGACUAUCCUUGCAGAGUCUCUGUUGCAUGGAUACAAAUUUGACAGCAUAAACACUGUUUAUUACAUGGCCCCUUUUGCAACCAUGAUCUUGGCAAUACCGGCUUUGUUACUUGAAGGCAAUGGAGUUCUUGAGUGGCUAAGUACUCAUCCAUAUCCUUGGUCAGCCCUGAUCAUUAUUUUCAGCUCUGGAGUUUUGGCGUUCUGCCUUAACUUCUCCAUUUUUUAUGUGAUUCAUUCCACCACUGCUGUAACAUUUAAUGUUGCUGGAAACCUUAAGGUUGCUGUUGCUGUCCUUGUCUCCUGGCUAAUUUUUAGGAACCCCAUAUCAUAUUUAAAUUCUGUUGGAUGUGCCGUGACACUUGUUGGAUGUACAUUCUAUGGUUAUGUGAGGCAUUUGCUCUCCCAACAGCCACCAGUUCCAGGAACCCCAAGGACACCAAGGACUCCUAGGAAUAAGAUGGAGUUGCUUCCACUUGUAAAUGACAAAUUAGAUGAUAAAGUCUAAUAAUAAUUGGUUUAGUUUAGGCUAUGAAUGAAUGAGGUUUCUGCCGUUUGUAAAGGCAGUGAUAGCUAAAGGGUAUAAAAGUGACUUUGAUUAUUUGUUACGUUAGAUUUUCCAGUUUUUAAUACAUAGUUUUUUUUUUUUGAAGCACUUUAUCUUGCCCCCUUUUUUUUUGUCUGGCUUUUGAUGGCUUGAUUUCGAUGUAAUUUUUAUGUCUCCAUUUUUC